AUGGAUCCAGUGUCCAUUAUGUUUAAGAUCUUGCCUCAAGUGGGGAAAACCAUUAGCACUUACAAAGAAGUUCGAUCCAAAUUCAAGAUCUUUUGUCAUUAUUCCGCCGAGAUUGAGAGAAUUCGAAAACUCUUUGGUGCACAACGAGGCUGUUUUCUUAACGAGGUGGAGUUGCUACUGAGGCUUGUCAUUCCAAACAAGACAGAAAUCGACGACAUGAUGAAAAAUCCAACGCAUGGCCAAUGGGGUGGGUAUAGACCUGCGGCAGAAUUGGAAGAUUUGUUCGGGAGAAAUUUGCUGCUGUUGAAAGAUGUCAUCGAUGAUAUAAACGAAAGCAUUACGGCGCUACAGAACGCGUUCCAGUGCUUCCUACCACUGGAGGAAGAAAAAGAAAGAGAUGAGAAUCUCAAGUCAAAGCCCUUGAAAGAUGCCAUGCGAAAACUGAGAAAACGAGUCAAGGUUACUAUCGAGAUGAAAGAUUUUGAAGACAAGAUAGCCUGCCUCGAGAAGUCCAACAGCGAAUUAUUACGACUCCGAAAACAAGUCAACGAACUGCAGGCGCCUUCGUGCUGCGCAAUCAAGAGAUCAUCUGAUAGAGCACGAAAGCUGCCCGCAGAAUUUGGGGCAUACGGAUCUAUACGACGCGCAUCCAAGGCUCUCCACGAAGGCCUCACAGCGACGUGGGCAGAAGCAGAGGUGCCAAGCCUCCGGCAUCUUGUCAAAUUGUUCAUAGAUGCCAAGGCAGAUACUGAAGUUCAGAUGGAGAUUGCAAUUCUGUGCUAUGAUGAUGUGCCGCAACAACAGCCACUAGUUGAAACAGGCAUAACGAGAGUACAAGUCCGAUCAAGAACUAUGGGCUCUAUCGCCUGGUCUGGUGCAAGUUCGUUGCUUCCGCCGCCAAAGAUGGAUGAAUCACAGAGAGGCCAGCGAAAGCGUCAGAAAGUGAGGUUUGCUAGCAUCAGCGACAGCUCUGACAUUGCGAGCGAAGUCUCACCAGCAGCAUCUGCUGUGUCUAUAGCUACCUCACAGUCAUCAGGCGCUGCGCCAGAUGACUUACAGCUUACUGGGCACUUUUGUUCGGAGCUCUCGAAUCGCUGUUCAGCCCCAAACAUAUCAGGUAACGAGGAAAGCCUGGGGCACAUCGACAGUGGCGCACAAGAAGCAUUUCGGCAUUGUUUCUUCCCCUGGCCAAAAGUAUCCCAUUGUGAUAAUAUGGGAAUAGACGACGUGAUGCCUAUGGAUGAAGCACUUGGACAACCUGCACAUAACAGACUUGACAUUGUCAGCCAGCUACAGUUAGCUCACCGUCUCGUUUCUGCGGUACUCAAGUUCAACUCGACGCCUUGGCUCAAGGAGCUGUGGAAUGUCGGAGACCUCGCAUUUUUUCGACAAGGAGAUGACCUGGCAGAAUCUCUUCAAACGUUACACUUCGGAGUAGAGUUGGCUCACAACGCGCCAGGCUCUGAAGAUACCGCGAUGGAAGUUGAAUCGCCCGCCAGUUUAGUACAUCUUUCCAUCGAAGACGCGCAAUACAAACACGGUGUACGCAACGCAACGCUUUACAGUUUGGGAGCUGCUCUCUUGGCUAUUGGCAGAUGGGAGCGCGUAGAUCAUAACGACAUUGAGGGGAUUCGAAGACUUGCGUCACAACGGUCUUACUUGGGGCCGGUCUAUCAAGAGCUGACACAAAGGGUUCUUGAUUGUGAUUUUGGAUAUGGGAAAGAUUUGAAGAAACCGAGACUUCAGGAGGCGAUAUAUGAGAUGGUGAUUCUAGAGCUGGAGUCGAUGAUUGCGAGUCUUGAUAUUUCUCGAGACUAA